UAUAAAUAUACUCAUGCGAACAUGUGGAUUAUACAGAGUACUCUCUCAUUGUGAUUCUAUCUUUCUACUCUGCCGUCAGUAGUUAGCGCGCUGGUCCAGGGAAAAGGCAAACCCUAAGUCAACAUUAGGAACCCAGCGCCUGCAUCCGCCCGUAUAAAUACAUGUAUGUCAAUAUAUGCUCUAUCCACCGUGCGUGCUGGGCUACAAACAGGCAAGAAUGGAAAUGAGCAUAUCUAUCUGUGUAUCCGUUUAAAUCUAUAUACUCCGUACCAGAAUUACACACCCUUCAAUUACCCACUUGCCGUAUGACUGUUUUAGCCACCCUGAUAAACCCCCUUCAAUAUGUCGCAAACGCCUCAUGCCCGCGAUCGCACUGCCCCUUGGUACUCGAUUCCAGCGCGUGAGAUCGUUACUGUGGAACAUCCAUGCGUGGUGAAGAACAUAGACAAAGGGAUCGAAACCCUUAGCGGAAACGGCGGCAUUCCAAGGCUUCUAAAUCCGCCACGUCAGGAUUCCUCGAUCAACUUAUUCUUAUCUCCCGAGGACGGCAUGAGCAGACCUUUGUCUUCAAUCUGUAACCCUGCAAAUAACAUCUUGCUGAAGAUUACCGUCCCCAAGAGGACUGGGCGCAAGCGCAAACGUGGUUCUGAUGAGCCCUUCACCAACGACCUCAAUGAUGUUGAAGAAGCCAGUGAACCUGCCAGCCCUACCACUAGUAGAAGCAGUGCUACAGUGCCGUCCCGUGCUCUAAACGCGCGGGCCUUGCUGCGACGACUCCAGGAUAACGUGGGCAAAUACGAGGUCGAAGCGAUUGGCUGCGUCGAGCGAAUGCACAACUUCCGUGGAAUGCCGGAUUUCGUCUACUCGACAAUCUCUAGCCCCUUUAUGACGAAAUUCAGAGAGAAUGUCUUACCCUUCCGAUACGACAAGCUCAAAGAGUUCCAAUUCGAUAUGACCAAAGGGUCUACAUCGAACGUCGACAUCAUACCACCGCCAGCCUUAAGCCGUGGAGACGCCCCCUUCAACUACCUCUAUCGCCAAAACCCCACGGUCAAACAAUCCAUCGGCCCAUCCGGCGAAAUAACAACCACAAACACCCAACAAAUCGUCAAAGUCCUCACCCACCUCGUAGCAUGCGACGUCCCCUCCGUCCCAACCGCCCCUCGCGAAAAUUGCCCCCCAAUCCACACCCUCGACAAACCCCUACAGGAAACCAUCGCAAUCCUCCAAUCCCUCUUCGAAACCCGCCCGGCCUGGACCCGGCGCGGCCUACGCAACCACCUCACGACCAAUGAGCAGAAAUACGCCCUCCGCCUCGCCGUGCCGUAUGUCGGCUACAUCUUCCGUUCGGGCCCCUGGCGCGACGCCAUUGUGAAAUUCGGCCAUGACCCGCGCCUCCACCCAUCCUCCUGCGUCUACCAGACAUUUAUGUUCCGCACGCUGCCGUCCAGUAUCACCGAACAGCUCGAGAAUGACCAUGCCGGCACCCCGGCGCCGAGGAACACAUCGACGACAACAUCGGUGUCAACUAGGCGCAAGACCCUCCCGCGCGCCUCCGCCACUAGCACCGGUGGCGACCAGAGCGCGGCGACCCGCCCCUCCCAUAUCUUCACCGGCCAAGCCCCGCUCCCCCGCGACGGCAAGAUGUGGAUGAUAUGCGAUAUCACCGAUCCCAUCCUCGCCCGCCUUCUCAAACCACCGGCACCCCCGCCAUCACCAUCACCAUCAUCAGAAGCCCCAUCCCCAUCCCCAUCCCCCAUCCUCGCUGCAUGCGACAUCCUCUCCUCCGGCUGGUACGGCAACGUCACCCUCGCCGUCGCCAAGACGAUCAUGCGCGCGAAGAUCCAGCACAUGCUCGAGCACGGCACGACGCCGGCGGCGGCGAUGGAGGAGGAUUUUCUGCCCCUGCUGGAGUUUCCGGCGCGGUUGGCGGGGACGAGGAAGUGGGGAGGAAAUGUGCUAUUGGUCCUGGUGCUGCUGGUGGUGGGUGGCGCAGGUAAAUUCGAGAUGUAUGACAUUGCCGGCGGACGUGAGGGCGAUGGUUCGAGGGGCGCCGGGGCGGAAGGUGUUUUUGGAGAGGGGGAGGGGGGGUGGUGAUGGUGGUGAUGGUGAUGAUGGAAGGGGUGGGGAGGAUGGGGGUCGAGGGAAGAGGGUUAAGUGGGAGGAUGAGGUUGGAGGGGUGGGAAGGGAGAACGAGGAUGAAGGUGAAGGGGAGGAGGAGAUGGGCGAGUCUGGAGAGGAGGAGGGGGAGGAAGAGGAAGAGGAGGGAGAGGGAGAAGGCGAUGAUGUAGAAAUGUCAGGUCUAUAGCCACCAGAUUGAAAAUUUGGUCUAGGGUGUUCCUUCCACUUGACUUAUGUACUAUAUGAAUGAAGCAUCUUUACCAGGAGAUCUCAGGGGCUAUCCUCAGACAUAUAUAUACCAGGCGGGCAAGCACAUCCAUGCAACGCAAACCACACCAACCCGGCCAAGUUAGUUUACUUAGUUCGGUAAAAUAGUGAUCUCAAUCUACUAUGGGAAGCAGGGCCACAGGACAGGCAGAUAACACACCGGACAUGUACAUGUAGUAGCAAUUCCAAUAGUUACCAAUCAUACAUUCCUUCAGUAGUCAGUCAAGCAGCCAAAAUAAACAAUAG